GUGGAGGCGUUCAUAUUUGUGUUUUUUAAACGCAUUCAACUUCAUUCAUUAGCGAUAUGACACUCGCAUUGACAGCUAGUCCAAUGACGACGACCACUAAUCAUAACAUAAACAAAUUGAACCAGAGAAGAAGAAGAAAAUCAUAAAAAGAAUCACAGAGAUUGAAGUAAAUAAAUUUGAUUUAAAUCUAACCGAAGCGAAAAGACGACGACCAGAAAAUGGUGUGUGAGAAGUGUGAGAAGAAAUUGGGCAAAGUUAUAACGCCGGAUCCAUGGAAAUCGGGUGCAAGAAACACAACCGAGUCGGGUGGCCGCAAAGUCAAUGAAAAUAAGGCGUUAACUGGUGGAAAGAAUCGCUUCGAUCCCGUCGGACAGACACUUCGCCCGUGUCGAAUUUGCCGAACGAAAGUGCAUCAGGUCGGAUCACAUUACUGCCAAUCGUGUGCCUAUAAAAAGGGUAUUUGUGCAAUGUGCGGCAAGAAGCUACUUGAUACAAAAAACUACAAACAGAGCUCAACUUAGGGAUAUUCUCACACUUUGGACAUUGGAGCCAACAAUUGAUUAUUGCAACCAAACUUUUAACUAGAAAUCAUCAAUUGAACUUCAUCAGUAACUUAAUUCACAUUCACUGUCCGAUAAAACACCAGCAUGAUAUCGCAACGUUUCUAGCUCCAAUUUAGAUUUAAGUCCACUAAUUUAAGUAAUUUGCUGUACAUUUUUUGCUGUUUGUGCUAAAAUUUAUUUUUUUAUGAUUUUGAACUUGAAUAAAAGGAUGUAAAGACUCUG